AUGACUAUUCCUCUAUUAGACCCUCACAAUACCAGUCUGGUGUUCCAGAAAUAUGCGAGGCAGUAUGCCGAUAUCUCGCCGGACCAGAGGACGCUCAAGUACGACGACUUUGACAUCUUUUACCGAACCGCUGUCAACCAGGCUCACCACUUGAAGAUUCCCAACAGCGACGGGGCACGGAUGGUGGAAAUCGGAAUCCUCGCGGGUAUUGAUUCUAGUGAGCUUGUUUACGCAGUUGCGGAUGAACAGGCCAAGGGAUAUCUCACCGAGGAAGAUUUCCGCAAAGUUUCUCUUCGCGUGUUCAAUAUUUUGCGCGCCACUAACAAAGAUCCGGUCGUUGUAAUGUUUGAACUGCUGAAGGAAGUUGCUGCCAGAACUGAGGGUCGAGCAGUGCAGCCGGAGAAGGUCUAUAAUACAGACUCUAUAGAUUCCAAGACCUUCUUGAGGCUACUUCAGCGUCUCAAUAAACUCUCUGCCGAAGAUCCUAGCGACCUCUCAGAUUAUGCCGCCGCGAAAACUUACAUCGCGUCGCGCAAAUUGAAAGCACUCUCCGAAAAAGAUUUCCGCGAACUGCUCGACGAAUUACCCGAAGUGAAGCUUCGUCGCAUUUUUGAAAAUGAUGGAGACGACUCCUCGUCUCUGCCUACAUCGUCCUUACCAAAGUUUGCUCAGAUCGUCUAUCAUGGUCGGGUUCCACAAACUGCUCUUCGGCAAUUAGAAUCAAUUGCAACCGAUAGCUUUGGAAUCAAACUCGACUACGAGGCAGCACAAUCGAUGCUGAGGCUUCUUAAAGAUCUGCCAUCGCUCAACCGACUCAUCAGCGCGGAGAUUUUCCACGAAAGUCCCACACAGGUGACGCAGAAGGAUUUUUUCCGCUAUGCCAAUGCUAACUCCGCCAACCCGGUACCACUGGAUGAAGUGAGACUAUAUUUUAAAUGGAAUGCAGUGCUAUUGAGGGAGCAGGAACAGAUUUCCGCCAUAAGAUCGGCGGAUCUGAUGGCCAUUCUUACGGACAAUAUGGUGAGCUCCACAGAGUCGUCGGAUGCCUCUUUCAGCUUGUAUCCGUUCUUUUCUUCCGUCUAUUCCUUUCUAUUGGGAUCCAUUGCUGGGGCAAUCGGAGCCACUGUGGUUUACCCGAUCGACAUGCUGAAGACUCGGAUGCAGAACCAGCGCGGUAAAGGUAUUUAUAAGUCGUACGUAGACUGUUUCCGCACACUUAUUCGCCACGAGGGUGUUCGUGGCUUAUAUUCCGGAUUGUUGCCGCAGUUGGUUGGUGUGGCUCCUGAAAAGGCCAUCAAGCUUACCGUGAACGACGCGGUGCGCCGUAUGGGCCGCCGUAACUCCCCACAUGGGGAAAUCACCAUGCCGUGGGAAAUCUUGGCGGGAUCGUGUGCAGGCGCGUGCCAGGUGAUAUUUACUAACCCGCUUGAGAUUACAAAGAUCCGCUUGCAAGUUCAAGGUGAACAGAUAUCGCAAGCAACAAAGUGUGGCGAAGUCAAGCUUGUCAAAUCCGCCGUGGACAUUGUCAGGGAAUUGGGGCUCAGGGGCCUUUAUAAGGGUGCCCCUGCGUGCCUGAUGCGCGAUGUUCCUUUUUCCGCCAUAUAUUUCCCGACAUACGCCAACUUGAAAAAGUACUUGUUCCACUGGGAUCCUGCGGAUCCUCAAAUGCGAAGCAAUUUGCAGGCGUGGGAACUUCUUACCGCAGGUGCCCUUGCAGGAGUUCCUGCCGCAUACUUCACGACCCCUUUCGAUGUAGUCAAGACGCGAAUUCAAGUGGAAACUCCGCGUGGCGAUAAAGCAUACGAGGGUAUUAGAAAUGCAUUCUCGCGGAUAUUUAGAGAGGAAGGCUGUAAGGCGUUUUUCAAGGGAGGCCUGGCGAGAGUUUGCCGUUCUGCCCCGCAGUUUGGUUUUACUUUGGCCACCUACGAAUUGUUCCAGAAGACAGUUCCCUUGGAGAGAUUCUAUCCAGACCCGAGCGCUAAUGAGUUUUGCCGACAAAGGAAAUUGCGAAGGUUAAGCGAAUAA